GCUGCUGCUGCCUCUCGUGCGCUCCCGUCCGCUCCUCCUCCCCCCCACUGCUGCCCCUCGUCCCCCCUCUUCCCGUCGGACAUGCUCUCCGUCCUCGGGGCCCUUUGCGUUUCGUCCGACUGGAAUGCUGGCGCCAAGACCCCGUGCUGCAAAGAAUCCGCCGGACGAGGCCCGGGGCUCGAUCCGCGUCGCUGCUCCUGCUGCUGCUGCCGACGAGCUGCUCCUUCUGAGAUAGCCAAGGGAGCUAAACUUCCCAAAGAACAUUCGUCCGACGAAUGUCAACCCUGCUUUUGACAGAGGGAGACGUCUUCCCAGGGGAAGACGCCGAAGCCUCAAGCACAUCUCCAUCAUCUUGCAGGGUUUCGAUUGGUCGUCGACUCGAAAGGCGGCAAGCUUUGGGUUUCAUAUUGUGAAGAGAUCCUGUACUUGUCUUAGGAUUCCACAUAGAAGGCCCCCGAAGUGAAAGCAGCAGGAGAUCAAGAUGGACGAAGGGACUUACUGGCAUAGGGUCACUAGAAUCUUCAACAUGAUGGACAUUAGGACCGCCUUUGUCACAGAUGCUGAAGUGGAUGCCGCUGUCAAGUUGCUGAGCGAUUUCGAGGAGGGGAAAGUCACAGAUGUGUCGGACAAAAAACUCAACAAAGCUCGUAAAGUCAAGGAUGCUGUAGUACAUCCAGACACCGGGGAGAAAAUAUUCCUUCCUUUACGACUUUCCUUCAUGAUACCCUGCAACCUCAUUGUCGACACUCUCAUGCUGUCAGCCAGAGGGUUUAUGCAAAAUGUAGGAGCUCAGUGGCUCAACCAAACUUACAAUUGUAUGCACUACUAUGCAAAUCGGAACGCAUCCAACGAGGAAGGAGUGCAUAAAAUUUUCGAAGCCUAUGUGGGUGCGACUGUCAGCUCUGUUGGUACCGUGAUGGGUCUUCACGCCCUCGUCGAUAAGGUGCCGAAAGCAACGCCAUGGAAGCCAAUAGUCAGGAGAAUGGUUCCCUUCUGUGCGGUCGCAGCUGCGGACUUUUUGAACCUGGGCAUCACCCGUAGAAACGAAGUGUUCGACGGGAUCAAAGUGCUAGAUAGUAGCGGCGACGAAUUGGGUCACAGUAGGAAAGCAGGUGUGAGGGCAGUCGGUGCCUGUAUAAUGGGUCGAAUUGCAGCCGCUGCUCCUAUUUUAGUUGUGCCGCCUUUAGUAUUGCACAGGUUGGAGAAAACCAGGCUUUACACCCAAAGGCCUUAUCUGCGGAUCCCAACACUUAUGGGUAUGAUUGCCUUCUCCAUUCAAGUUUCUGUACCUCUGUGCAUCGGUGUCUUCCAUCAGCAUGCCACCAUCGAUGUGCGCAAGUUAGAGCCGGAGUUCCAAAACAAGGUGGACAGGUUCGGCAAGCCUAUCACUCACGUAUUUUACAACAAAGGCUUAUGAAUGAAUGACUAGUGCCUGAACCACACAUUAACUUCACUGGUUAAAUGGAGGAUGUGGAGCCAGCCAUCAUCAGUCAUGUCAAUUGCAGCUCACGAAACAUGUGACCAUCAUCAUGCUUCGUGAAAAGUCUUCAUCCUCCUCAGGAUACAAAUUUCUGCUAGUUCGAGGGAGAAGCAAGGGAGGUGGCUCUCACUAGUGAUCUUGCUUCCAGGAUUGUUGUGGCGCUUCGGAUUAGACUCGGUAUAGCCUUCAAGUGCUUAUGAAGAGGAUAAAUUUGAUUCAUGUGUCCUUAAUUGAAGCUGAAAGCUUGAAAGUUUCUGGCAGCCAAGUGUUCACACUGA